AUGCCUCUUCUCAAUAGGUCCCAGAGCUCACCCGACGCGGGAAUCCGUCCUUUGCAGGCACCGGAUACUUACUUUUCCCGCAAUUCCCGCUCGAUGCCCGUCUCAGAUACGCCCUCAUCCAGCUACAAUGCCUCUAUCAAAAGGCUCGGAUAUCGCCGUAUUCGUCCCUCCGUUGCAUCUAUAGCCGACAUUUUCGUCAACUCCUUGGUCAUGGCGAGUUUCUGUCGCGAUCACUCUCCCCGCAACAGAGGGCUUUCUACAAUGGCUGUCAAGACUUCAACCCAUAAUAUGGCUCGUAUGAAGGGAAAGAGUCUGGCAACCAUCAAGCGGCUCACGUCUGGGAAGCGCCCGGUCCCCUCAAACUCGCCGGUAGAGUGCUUUGGCUUUGACAGAUUGCGGACGCAACGAACAUUCAACUCGGGUGUCGUGCAGAAGGUUAAGGAUGAUGACCAUGGGGAAGGCUAUGGGACUCAGAAGAAUGUGUCAGGCUUAGACCAACGGGCUGAAGACCUCGAAGCAGGUCGAAAUCAAGGUCAUAAUAGCCAGUCAGCAUUACUUCGCUCGAAGAGAAAGUCAUUCCUCGAUGAUAAUGGCCCUUCAAAAGAACCCCAUCCUAGCGAUUCGGACGAAUUCGUUUCCAACCAAAGGAGAGAUCAGUUUGAUGCACUGGAGGGCCCUAUUCAUCUUAUAGAGCCACUUUCUCCAAAAGAAUCAGACGCCUCGAGCUGGGCGGCGCAUCCUAAACAGUUGGAACAUUUAUUAGACCCGAAAGCGUCCGAGCCCGAUGCGGACUGUUCAAAGACUCCAUCACCACCUCUCAAAGUCGAAAAAGAUACCAACAGAGACGCCAUUGAAUUUCAAGCUGUUGAGAGAUUCCUUGAGGCGGUCGAGGAUCCUAAAAAAACAAAUCAGUAUAUCUUCCGUCUCUACAGAGACCUUCCGUCGCCCGGUGUGGCGCACCUUUCGAAGCGCACCCGUGGUCUUCUUUUGCGUCGAAUGUCCCAGCCUCCCAAUCGUCGUUGGGCUGACGCACGCCGCUAUCUAGCUAUAGUGGAAGAUAUGAUUGCUGCUAAGCUUCCAUUGUCACCCGCUUUAUGGACAUCUGCUAUUCACCUGGCAGGAAGGGCGAUGGGCCAUGUGAAGAAACAAGAUCUCGUUCGAUCGAUCGGCAUCUGGCAGCAAAUGGAACACUUGGCUGGAAUCGAGUCCGACCCGGUGGUUUUCACUAUUCUAUUUGAUAUCGCCAUCAAAGCGAGUCAGUUCACAGUGGCGGACAGGUUGCUUCAAGAAAUGUCAAAGCGCGGCAUUGAGUUUCGACGUGCCGGCAAGGUCUCGAAGAUUUACUAUUAUGGAAUGCUGCGCGACGUCAACGGUAUACAUCGGGCAUUCGAUGACUUUCUAGCAGCAGGGGAAAUCGUGGAUACGGCGGUCCUCAAUUGUCUAAUAACAUCGUUCAUCAGGGCUGGUAAGAUCCGGAUCGCGGAAUCGCUGUACGAACGGAUGAUGCAGGCGCAGGCGGCUGCUCGACUAGCUGGAGAUACUGAUCACAAGGGGGUGUCGUCGACUCACCAACCGGCGCUUGCUUCGGAAUUGGUGUUGUACCGGAAAGCAGCCAAGGAGCUCAAUCGUGCUUUUGAGAUGGCAGCUCGUAUUAAACACACUUUGCCAGCACACCAUCGCGCCCUUCAAGAGUCCAUCCCGAUGAGCCCGGACACGCGAACAUUUCACAUCUUUCUUUCUUACCAUGCAAUUCACUCGGGUAACCUGCAAGCUUUCUCGAAGAUCAUUGAGGAUAUGGAGAAGACGUUCGCAAUUCCACCUCGCGGUAUGAUAUAUCUGUUACUUUUCGAAGGCUUUGCUCGCCAUGGCAGAAAGAAGAAGGGUUGGACCGCGGAUAAGUUACGGUUCGCUUGGCGAUCAUAUGUUCGUGCCCUUUACGAGUCACGGACAAGGCUGAAUGGCGACUUCUCUAUCCAUCGACCUGCUCUUACUUGGGAGAACCCAUUGAAGGCUGACUCCCCGACUGUAAUGACAGCGUUGGCGGAUUCUUCUCGACCCACAGUUGGCUUGUACACUCCACUACCAUCAAGCACUGGCGAGACCAAGGCUGUUUCGAACGAUACCCCAGAAGAAAAUGAAGUCCAAGAUAACAGCCAACGCAUGGACGAAAAAGAAGAUGAAACAAACGAUGGUGAACAGAUUAUAGAGCUCGACGAUGGUAUCGAUCUCGACGUUGACGACCUCUUUCUCGCCCCAACAGAAAGCGCGCCGAGUGACUCGGACCCCAUGGAGCAUGAACUUGGGCGCCGGAUCGAGAACGGGGUAUUCCUGGGCCGUCGAAUGAUUCUGCUGAUCAUUCGGGCAUUUGGCACCUGCUGUGGGCCGGAAGAGGUGAUGGACGUCUGGUUGUCACUGGAGCGCAUCUGGCGGCCUCAAAAACGAAAGUCGCUGGAUGUCCUCGCCGUCAAGGAGGAGCUUCGCAAGUAUAUUAAAGACCUUACUGGGCGCUGA